GCAAGGUCAUGAUUUUAGCUCAACUAUGAAAAAUAGUAUAUGAUAACGAUGGUUGUAUAUUUUGGAACAUAUAAAGUUUCUAGACUGACUAUAUGUCUGUUAUUAAUUGAACUUGCUAGUACUCAAAAUUGGUGGAACUUUGAAUCCCACAUAAAUCCAUUCAAACUUCCUGUAUUUACUCCACUGCCAAACCAACGGUUUACUCAUAUUCCUGAAGUCAAUCAAUACGUUCCGAUGCCAAACGAUGUUGUUGUGGACAUACCAAGGUUUGUUUCAGCACAUGUUUUCUGUAAAAUGCAUACCAAGGGCCGGGAUGGGAAAGUUUAUUGGUUUUUCUACUACGAUAAAUUAUGGCCAUACCUGGUCAAGGUGGCAACCAACAAGUGGUCGAUUGAUCAAUGCGUUUCUCGGAAUACCAUAUGCAGCACCCCCAACCGAUGGAAGAAGGUUCAGGUUUCCCGUUCCUGCUUACUUAGAUACCCGAUUUCCUUGGUUUGCAAAACGCUUUAGAUCAGCGUGUAUGCAACCAUACAUCUGGCUUAGCCGAUUUAUACCAGGCUUUACAGAUAUAAGUGAAGACUGUUUGUAUCUGAACAUUUAUUAUCCAAAUAAUACAUUGGAUGCUUCUAAUACCCGUUAUCCUGUGAUUGUACAUAUUCAUGGUGGAAGUUAUGUUUAUGGUUCUAGUCAUAUGUAUCCUGGUUUAGCAUUGGCUUCCAAGGGUUUAGUUGUAGUAACAUUCAAUUAUCGUUUAGGACCGUUUGGUUUUCUCGCAACUGGUGAUCAUGCAUCGAUCGGUAAUUAUGGUCUAUGGGAUCAGUUACUUGUAAUCACUUGGGUUAAACAAAAUAUCGAAUGGUUUCAAGGUGAUCCUGAAAAAAUUACAUUAAUGGGAGAAAGUGCUGGUGCGGCUAGCGUCGGUCUUCAUUUAAUCUCACCGUUAACACGAGAAAGAUAUUUAUUCAACCAAGCAAUAAUGAUGUCCGGUUCUGAUUUAUCCCAAUGGGCAUUCAGUGACCCAGCCAAAGUUCGUACACGUUAUUAUGCAAUUGAACUAGCUCAACGAUUAAAUUGUUCUUCAUUUCAAAUUAAUGCUAUAAAUGAAUCACAACAAUAUAUACGUAAUGCUAAUUUGCAUCGCUCAUAUACGAAUAAAACAUUAAAAUUGCCAUUUGGUGAAUCAUAUGUGAAACAACCUUUAACUAUACCAUAUUCUGUACAAGUGGAUGCAUAUGCAUUAAUUUAUUGUUUAAGAUAUGAGAAAACUGCGGAACAAAUUAAUGAUGCUGUCCUUGAAUUACACUCUCUUCCAGGAGCUCCAUCAUUUGUCUGGACACCAGUUGUUGACGGAAUAUCUGGUUUCUUCCCACGUACACCAGCUAAAGAACGUUCACUAGGUAAUUUUGCUAAAAUACCACUACUUGCUGGUGUUGUACAAGACGAAGGUUCGCUGGCAUUAGAACACUUUUUAUAUCAAUUAGAUCAAUAUGGUUACACAAUUGAAAAUUUUACAGAUACUAUUGUAAGACGUUUUAUUGGUACCCUGUUAAAUGAUUUAAAUGUUUUUCGACAUAAUCAAACUGCAGAAGAAUUAUAUACACGUUAUACAUGGUGGUCAAAUUUAGAGAAUAAUACUGCGCGAUGGAAACGUACUGUUGACUUGGUUUCAGAUAUGGAAAUUAUAUCACCAUUAGAUUCUAUUGUAAAAUAUCAUUCAGUCUAUUCACCGUCAGUUUACUUCUAUGAAUUUUCCUAUUCCAGUCCAAAUGACAAACAAGCAACACCAGAAAUCGGAAUUUAUCAUGGAAUUGAAUUGCCUUUUCUAUUCGGAUUCCCUUUUAUGAAUAAAUCAAUUUGGCUAACAUUAUUUGGCGAGAAUAAUCCGCUACCCCGAUGUGUAUCAGACAAUUAUGUUUAUCCAUAUGAUACAAAUAUCAGUGAAUAUUUAUUGGAUUUAUGGGCAAAUUUUGUGAAAUAUGGGUAAGUUGUUGAAUAAAGAUUGAAAUGGGAUAACAGUGUAACAGCUUUGUAAGAUUGCAGAUACACCUUCCUAACGAACGUUAACUAACAUGAAACACGGAUACGGGGGCUGUUGAUGAUUGCCUCUACUUACUUAACAGCCAAAAAUAAUUCAUCAUGGAAUCGAGUCACUUAAAAUGAAGCCCGCAUUGCAACGUCGUCAGACAGAAUUCUACCAGUACUAGUAAAUAUACAACCCAGGACAAUAGUAACUAUUAUGGUCGGUUAGUGUAAACAUUUAUGACCUACAGGUCAGUCACAACUCGAAUAGUUCUGUACCGACAUAUCUGGCUGUGAAAAUGGCGACUCUGGUUCAUAUCCCAUAGGGAAUAUCAACUCAGUCAAUAAUUGGGAUAUGUAAAACUGGGAAAUGCAAACUAGCAUAAAAUGAUUCCAAAGAGAAAACUAACUGUACGUACUAUUUAAGUAUUUAUGAUACUUCAUUUAUUACCAAUUUUUAUUAUAUCAGUAAUAAUAAUUAUCAUCUUAAACUUUUAGAAAUCCAACUCCACAGAAUGUGAAAAAUAUUAAAUGGCCAAAUUUUAAACAACCGGAAGAAGCUUAUCUUCACAUUGAAUUGAAUAGUUCAAUUAAAUAUCAUUAUAGAUCUUCAGAUAUGGCAUUUUGGCGAUAUCGUUUUGAAGAAUUAGCCGAACCUGUACCAGCAUCUCCACCAAUUUACUACUAUCCUUUAAUUAAUGUACGAUUGACUACACUGGUAUUAGGUUGUCUUCUCAGUGUUGCGUUGAUUAGUUUAAUCAUAAUUAUUGUGUUACUGAUGAAACGUCCACAACCAAAACAAUUUAAACCAAGUAUACGUCAUAGUACACCGGGUAGUGAAUUUCAUUCAUUAUUGAAAGAUUCAUUUUCUAAUCGUAAUGUUUAUUCAACCAAAAUGUCAACUAUUCCUUGGCCUCAACCGCCAACAACAACAUCAAUCUUACAACCGUUAACAAUAAGACCAACAUUAAAACCACCACCAAAACUACCGAGAAUAAGUUCUUUCGCUUAUCUUAAAUCCAAUGAUCAGAUUAGACAAAAACAAUUGAGUUUGUCUAAUUCAACAACAUCAUGUACAAGCUACCACAUAUCAUUAUAUUCUGAAGAGAAAUUUCCUAACAAAUUAUCAACUAAACAGAAUAAUACUAAUAAACAUCCACCACCUCCCCCAGUACCAUCAAACCGUGUAAAAUCCGCAUCUGGUUCUUCGAAUGCAUCAUUGUCAUUGAUAUCAUCCUCAUCAUCCUCACCGACGUUGGGAUCGUCAAUGAGAACUUCAAAAUUACACAGUCAAAGACAAAUAAAACACAAACAUGAUAAAAAUAGAUUAUUACAUGGAGAUGAUCAUGAUGUUGUAAUGAAUCGGAAAGAAUCGAAAUCAUCUGAUCGAUUAUUGUACACAGGACACACGAUGAAAAAUAAUAGUAUUGCCCUUCCGACUACAGAUAUACAUAAUAAUAAUAAUUAUGAUUACAAUCCAUAUGUUACAGAUGUUUAAAGUUAAAAUUUAUAAAUUAAAUUGUAUAUGGUAAUUUUGAUUAAGCCUGACUGGUGCAUUUCUAUCGUCAUUUUUUAUCUGUUAAGUUAAACUCGCAUGUUCGGUUUAAUUUCCAAAAAGAAAUUGAGUGGCACUUUAAAGGGUGGUUAAUGUUCUCUAUUCUAAUAUGGUUGACUUCUGUUUAUUUUUUAUUGUGUAUUUAUCAAAAUGUUGAUACUGUUCUCCGCCUCUCAAAAUAUGGAAUUGUCUUAUUUCUUUCAGGAGUAUGUAUUAAUGUUUUUGUUAAGAAAAGAUAACUGAAAUAUUAAUUUCAUGUUGUGUUAUAAAAAAUUUACCUAUCUUGCAAAUCAAAGUACAAUGAUGUAUACCAG